AUGCAAUAUCUGGCUACGUCUGCGCUCAGUGUCAGCAUAUGGUCGUCGGAUGCGAACCUGGCCGAGUCACGGUUGCUCGUGAGGGCACAUGCGAAAGCCACGGUGGCGCGUCUUUUGCUGUACAUUCAUGAGACCUUGAGGCAAAGGGCAGUUGUAGGAUUGGGUUCUGUGCAUGAUUACGAGUUGCACUACAAAUUUGGGCCACUACCGCCUAGCGCAUCGCUCGUGAGCAUCGAUACCAGCGGUGUCAGUCCUUUGAGACUGCGGCUUGAAAAAAAACCCCCACAAAACACUGUGGUAGAGGCCGGGACCUUGGAUUUGGACGCUUUAACGACGACGAACGUGGAGUUCCAACUGAACGUGCUGUCGACAGAAAAAAUUCUUUCUCACGUCGAGCGAGGGGUUCCACUGUCGUCCACUCUUUCUAAAUUGCGAGAUACUGCGCUACAACUCGUGAAUGAGUACGAAAAUACCGCACUCAAGAACAUAUGCGGUGUCAAAGAUCACACGGGAGACGAUUUUGUUGGCUUCAACGUGGCUGGAAAGUCCCAACCGAUGACGUUGUCGCCCGGAAGCGACUCGGAUGACCUUAAGCUGUGCGAUAUACUGGGCAUUGAUUUUGCACCAAACGAUGUGGAUCACUGUACGUUAAUGUUCAAGUUGAAACAUGAUCAAAACCUCGAAAACGCGGUCAGCAUUGAAUUUGUCUCGGAUGUUACGCUCAGUAUGAACAAAAUGGUCGUUACAGCCGACACCACUGUCCUAGAAGUCAAAGAGUUUAUCUGUUCAGUAUACGCACAUGCGCUGAGACUUGCACCUUACGACGUGAAACUGAUUUACAAGGGCCAGCUUUUACAUGAAAACAAUUACGCGGGAAGUCCUUCCAAGGUGCUUGAAUACAUUUCCGACAGUCGCAAUGCUAAAGUACACGUGCAGGUCAGUCAAGAUUACAACGAACCGGGGCCUGGAUUUUGGAGCGAACUUUUCAGCAACAGCGAUCGCUUCUCCUUCGCAGAGGCGCGUGGUGGACAAGGCGGCAGUUUUGCGUCCAGACGAGGCAGCGACCCACCACGUUCGCAUAAUCAACCAACCCUUACGGGCUCUACCGAAACGUCAGGGUUUGAAAGAGCAACGGGGAUACGUUCGCGCGAAACGGGAAAGCAGACGGAGUAUAUGACUACUUCGGGGCGGCAAAUAGAGCGCACAGGCGAGACAUAUGAAAAGGUGAUGGUGUCCGGUCGCGAAUACUUUAUUCAAGCGCACAAUUUCAAACUUGGCGGAAACGUCCUCGACAUAUGCGGUAAACGGAUUUUCUUCUCUGACGAGGACUCUCGAGUAGACGAGAACGCACUAUAUCUUUCACCUCGAGCUAUGGCAGAACUCGAACUCCGAUUAGGAUGCCUUCUGGUGAGGCCUCAAAGGGGGAUUGGGCUGGCUCCAACACCUACUCUGCAUACAGACGACGUAUUACCCGCCGUUGACCUAGAGGAAGAGAGAUUUGCGCGCGUCAAAUCUUGGAUUGAAACGAUUAUGAAAACCAUAUAUUUGAUGCUCAGAAAUUCUGUGCUUCCUUUCAUCAUUUUUCUGCAAAUCGCCAACUUCAUACCGACGGGCUACAUAAUAUGCGGAGUACUUUUGAUUCUCGGGAGAGCUCUUUGGAGUAGCACUGAGAUAUGGGAGUCGUGGCGCGAGUUACUCGCAAACAGUAAUGCGCGCGUCCUACUUACUGAUUCCGAAGCCCGACAGUUAGAAUUUGCCUUGAGGGAGAGGUUAAAUCGAGAAUUUUACGCAACCUUAAAGGACGCGCUAGCUGUCAAAGAAGUCUUGAUGCAGAGGUUGCAGACGAUCGGGAUCCUGCGCCACGCAAUAGCGUCAGAAUUUGGUCUGGAGCUCAGCGAGUCUCUCCCGAUCUUUGUGCCGCAGUUGCUGGAAAGAUGCGCAAGCUCUGAGUUCAACGACAUACGUGCAGAGUUGCUGGACCGCCUUUUCGAACCUUUGAGGACCCAAACGCUACGCAAUUUGCGCAAUUUGCACGCACUCUCCGAUCCAGAAACUGAGUUUUUGACUUAUUUGAGAGACUAUCUGCGUCAGCAAUCAACCACACCAUGGUACAAACCCGUGUUUUUUGCCCGCAUGAUCCGUGUGCCCUGGCGAAGAGUCUCUGAUUUCUAUAACGGGGGUCUCAUGCGACGUGUUGUAACGGAUCCACGCUGCGACGGCGUGUUACUAGGGCUGCUCAAGAAUUUUGUUCUCUUCUUUCUACUAUUCUGGCCAAGCUUCCAAACUCAAUUCGAGGACAUCAUGGCCCGGCGACUGUUCGAUCGUCACCGUGCCGACGAGUCGAGAAAUUCACACGUCGGUCAGGAGCUAGAUCAAACUAACGACCAAGAUUUGCCCCAUGACGCUGCUGACGUUUUACCUGAGGCCAGAGAACUAUUACAAGAAUAA